GAGCUCCAGGGCCAGCCCCAUGCCCCGUGCACAAGAGGAGCACACUGACAGGCAGCCUCUCAUAGCUUCAGCUGCACCAAGACAGUGGCAGACAUGUGGCUCUAUCUGAUAGCAGCGUCCAUCCUCAUCUUCAUCAUCGUGAAGUCAUGGCUGGGGAGCCGAGGUCCGAAUCCAUUUGCUGUGGACACCAGGAGACCCCCGGGACCCAUCGUGUUUGAUAAGGCGGCGAAGAGGAAAGUGAUUAAGAAUGUUUUCUCUCCUGAGAAAGUUCCGGAGAAUCUGGACGCCAUAGUUAUUGGAAGUGGAAUCGGAGGACAGGGUGUAGCUGCACUCCUCGCCAGAGCUGGGAAACGGGUACUGGUCCUCGAGCAACUGGGAAAAUUAGGUGGUUGCUGCCACACUUUCAAUGAGAAGGGCUAUGAGUUUGACGUGGGAAUUCAUUACAUUGGUCAGUUGAAUGAACAGUCUCCGCUUCGGAUUUUGGUGGACCAGUUAACAGAUGGACAGCUUCAGUGGUCUUCAAUGGACAAUCCGUUUGAUGUGGUGCUGCUGGGGGAUAUCAAAAAUGGCCGUCGGUAUAACAUGAAAUAUGGGCGAAAAGCUUAUACUGAUGAACUGAAAAAGUCAUUUCCAGGAGAGGAGAAGGCUAUCGAAAACUUUAUGAAGCUAGUUAUGAAAGUAGCAGGCCGGGUACAAGAUGUGAUUAUCCUGAAGAUGCUCCCUGCACCAGUCGCCCGCUUCUUGCAUCACAGUGGCCUGUUGAAUUUAUUCUCCCCAUUUUUCCGCUAUUCUUCACGGAGCGUGGCCGAGGUUAUCAGUGAAUUCACCAAGAACAAAGAAUUACAGACUGUGCUAGCCUACAUAUUUGGGACAUACGGUGUGUUCCCAGACAAGGCGAGUUUUUCUCUACACGCUGUUCUGCUUGAGCAUUACCUGCGUGGAGCCUGGUAUCCAACGGGCGGUGCCAGUGAAAUCACUUACCACCUUGCGCCCACAAUUGCAAAGGCUGGAGGAGCUGUUCUAUCAAGAGCGACGGUAGAGCAAAUCCUGGUGAACGGCAACAAGAGAGCUUGUGGUGUCGUUGUCAGAGGAAAGGGCAUGGACCCCGUGAAUAUUUUUGCUCCUAUUGUAAUUAGCAGCGCUGGGAUUUUUAACACUUAUGAGAAGCUUCUACCUUCUGAGCUUAGGUCAAUGCCAGAGAUCCAGUCUCAGUUGGGCAAGAUGAAACAUGGAGGAGGGGGCUUCAGUCUUUUCGUUGGGCUUAAAGGCACAAAAGAAGAACUUAACCUUCCUGCCUCAAACUACAUUUACAUUCCAGACACAGAUCUGCAGAAAUUAGAAAAAACCUUCUUCAAUGCUUCUCCUGAUGAUGCUCCUCAGCACAUUCCAAUGUUGUAUAUCUCCUCCCCUUCUGCCAAAGAUCCAACCCACGAGGAACGCUGUCCAGGAAAGUCCACUCUGACCGCCCUGACUUUUACCCCCUAUGAGUGGUUUGAGGAGUGGGAGAAUAAGAAAGUGCAGAAACGAGGACAAGAAUAUGAGAGUCUGAAGGGCGCAUUUGCCGAGGCCAUGUUGGAAGCCACCAUUCAGAUUUUCCCUCAAAUAAAAGACAAGAUUGACUGCUAUACCAGUGGAUCCCCUGUCACAAAUAACCAUUACCUUGGUGCCCCACGAGGAGAGUUCUAUGGAGCAGAGCAUGAUAUAGCCAGGAUGAGUCCUGACACUGCCAUCUCGCUCAGACCCAAGUCUCCCAUCGAGGGCCUUUACUUGACAGGUCAGGAUAUCUUUUUGUGCGGAUUCGCUGGCGCUCUGAAUGCAAGCGUUGUAUGUGCCUCUGAAAUCUUAGGACGUAACCUCUAUAUAGAUCUCCUGAAACUGCGACGACAGAUCCUGCAAAACAAGGCUAAAAAGGCUGAUUAAGCUGAUGGACCCUCCACCCCACAAACCCGCUGGAAAGAGAAGCGUCAAAAAGGGACCUUGGACAGCAAAUUGGACUGAUUAAGAGUAAAAUAGGCACAACCUGGGCAUGUCCAUUGUACGACUGGUUAGGGAACAUGUUGCGCCUUUUCUAUGAUCAUCUCAAAUAUUUGUACUGUAUUCCAUAUACCAUCUGGGCUGCCCCGACUUUCUGCGGUCUGUAAAUCCAUACAUCAUCUAAAGGGCGGCAUUAGCUACAGCAUGUAGAUAGACAGGUGAGGCGCUAUGUAGAGAUCCUUACAAAUGUUAGUUUUGUGUCAUGUCUAGCAGGACUUGGAAAUUCCUAAAAUCUUUCCGCCAUUAGCAUUAAAGAGGUUAGUGUUAAAUUAUACAAAUACACUGUAGGACUAAUAUAAUUUACAUAGGCUGCUCAGUUUUGGGAAGGGGGUCAUCCUCUAAAGACCUUGUCAGGACCAUAGGCGGGACAGUCACACUCCAGUAUAAGUACCAGGGUAUUUCAAUUCCUUCAUGUCAAUACUUUCAUUCUACAUACAAUUAUGGGGCAUUUUUCAUCAAGCUCUGUAUUAAAUUAUUCCUAAAUAAAUGGAGAACUGGCAAUGACUUGUGUCCUUCCAGUCUCCCUGAUUAGUCAGUGCUGCCAGUAUCAGACAGAGCAGGGCAGACCCUACUGACACGGGGAAAGGGUUAUGCCCAGUUGUCAUUUUAUUCAUAGAUUUCUUGGAGGAAUUAAGGAGGAACAGCUCAAUGUAGCUUUCUAGGAAAAGAUGCUGCAAAAUGAUUGUUCUACUUACUAGGUGAGCUGAUGUCGCACAUGCAUUUUGGGCCUGUGCCCUGUAUCUCUUGGUCAUAAUCACUGACUACACCAUGGACAUUUACGGUAAUUUAUUCAGAGGUGCCUUACUGUUUUGGAGAGUAAAAAAAUAAAUCAUUUUGAAUAUGAUUUUUUUGCUCCCCCUAGAACUCAAUGGGAAUAUUUUGAGUAGGUUUGCACUAUAGACACCUACGGUCAAGACUUGAGACCUACUUACGACUAAGUUAUGACUGCUGGAGACUUUUUGAAUAGAAAAUGAUAUAAUUUGGAUAAAAUGGGUGCCCACCUUCAGUCUGGGGAUGUGGCCUAACUUGUUCUGAUCGUGGGGCACGUUUCGAAAUCACAUCCAUCAUUUUCUACUAAGAUACGAUGGUUAGGACUCCUUCAGACGGCCGUAUGUUGCUUUCCGCAUCUAAUAUGCAAUUUUGCAGAUUAGAUGCGGGCCCAUUCACUUCUAUGGGGCCCCAAAAGAUGCGGACAGUAUACCGUAUGCUGUCCGCAUCUUGGCCCCCCAAAACACAAAACAUGUCCUAUACUUGUCAGUGAAAAUCAGGACGUGGCCUUUUUGAAGUCUAUGGGUCCGCAAAAAUGCGGAAUGCAAUCCGUUUUUUUUUAACGGACAUGUUGUUCGCAAAAAAAAAAAUCUGCAUGAGCUCUUAUCGUCAGGUCACACCUGGCUUACAUUGUAGGUGGAGGUAUAACUUGAAGCUUUUGGGCCCCAGUACUAAGGGCCCCCUCAACUAUCUAGUGAUGUAUGCAACUCCUAUGGAGCAGGGACCAACCUCCAAAACACCAAUGCCCGGGGGCGACCUCAAUCUUUGCACCCUCUAUAGUUAUGUCUCUCUGCGACGGUGCAAGGGAUUUUCUAAAAGGUGAUAUGUCACAUUUGAGAUAUACCUUGUGACAAUUCUGUUAAUAUGGAUCCAAUAAGUGCAUUAGGUUAUUUAACUCCGUCGGCCAAGUAAUAAAUUGUGACCAUAUGGGAUUGUUACAAAGAAAGAAGUACUCGCCGCUGAUGAGAGCUGACUAAAGGAUGCCCAACAGGAACAUCCCUAAUCACUUGUAAUAAAUGUGCAAAUUCUUAUAUAAAUUAAAAUGGCACAGAAAGUCUUA